AUGUGGCUUCGACGCUCCCGACUUGCAUCGGCGGCGCGCAUUUGCUCGCCCCAACACUCGCAUCAUAGGAGAAUCUUGCCGGUAAUAGCGCAUGCAUUCUCUACAGACUACUCGGCCGUCACGGCUGAGAACAUUCGGAACGUGGCCAUCGUGGCGCAUGUCGAUCACGGUAAGACCACAUUGGUUGACCAGCUACUUAAGCACGGCGGUACUCAGCUUUCUGAGGAGCGUGUAAUGGAUUCUAUCGAUCUCGAGCGCGAACGCGGCAUCACAAUUAUGUCCAAAUGCACGCGCGUUGAGUACAACAGCCACGUGCUCAACAUUGUCGACACACCUGGCCACGCUGAUUUCGGCGGCGAGGUGGAACGCAUCUUAAGUAUGGUGGACGGUGUGGUACUGGUUGUUGACGCUACAGAAGGCCCUAUGUCGCAAACUAAAUUCGUACUGACUAAGGCGCUGCAUCGCGGCCUGAAGCCGCUCGUAGUAGUUAACAAGGUGGACCGCGACACGAGCCGCCUGGAUGGCUCGGUAGAAAACGAACUUUUCGAUAUGUUUGUGGCUCUUGAUGCCAAUGAUGAACAGCUGGAAUUUCCUGUUUUGUAUGCAUCGGCAAAACAGGGCUGGGCCGUGUAUGACCUUGAUAACGUGGACGAGCCGCGCGACAGUAUGCGUCCGUUGCUAGACGAGAUCAUGCGCUAUGUGCCUGCCCCUCAGGCCAAUGCUGAUAUGCCGUUUGCGAUGGCUGUAACUAUGAUUGGCCACGAUCCGUACGUUGGUCGCCUGGCCACAGGUCGUGUCCACGCUGGAACUGUAAAGAUUGGUGACUCGAUUCAAGUGUUAAAUCGCGAUAGCAAGAAGCUCGAAAGUGGCCGAGUUACAAAGAUGUUUGUUACACGAGGAGUUAUCAAGUCAGAAAUUCAAUCGGCUACGGCUGGCGACAUCAUUACUAUUGCAGGCGUAAAUGCCUAUGUUUCUGAUACGAUUGCUGAUAACGCUGUGACGGAGCCCAUCCCAUCUCCGCAGCUAGACCCCCCAACAAUUUCCAUGACGUUUGGUGUGAAUGAUGCGCCAACAGCAGGCAAGGAGGGCAAAUACCUCACAUCUUCUCACAUUAAGCAGCGUCUUGAACGGGAAUGCGAGAACAACGUUGCCAUUUCCAUAUCACCCAGUGCUUCUUCUGAAGCUUUUGAUGUUCACGGUCGUGGCGAGCUACAACUUGCGAUAUUGAUAGAAGAAAUGCGACGUGAAGGUUUCGAAAUGUCGGUCUCGGCUCCUCAGGUGAUUUUUCAAAUGGACCCAGCGACAAAGCAAAAGCUGGAGCCGAUUGAAGAAGUAACGAUUGAUGUUGACUCCGAUUUCUCCGGCACGGUUAUCGACAAGUUAUCUACUCGUGGUGGGGAAAUGGUUGAAUUUAAAGAGAUGCAUGACAAAGUGCGUCUUCAGUUUAAGAUUCCCAGUCGAUGUCUCAUGGGCUACCGUAGUGAGAUCAAGACUGACACGCGCGGAAGUGGCAUCCUGAACUCGAUCUUUCACGGCUACUCACCGUACCAGGGUUCCGCAACCCCGCCGUCUAAAGGCAAGCUUAUUGCUUCAUCUGGAGGAGUUUGCACGGCUUAUGCACUUAACUCGCUGGAGGCCCGCGGAGAUAUGUUUGUUAAGCCUGGUGACAGCGUAUACGAGGGCAUGAUUGUUGGCGAGCACAGCCGCCCCACGGACAUUGAAAUAAAUCCUACAAAGGAGAAAAAACUCACGAACAUGCGCGCCGCGGGCACGGAUGAGAACAUUAAACUGUCGCCAAUUCGUCAGAUGUCCCUAGAAGACGUAGUCACAUAUAUUGGUAACGACGAAAUGAUAGACGUAUCCCCAUCUAGAAUUCGUAUGCGGAAGCGGGAGUUGACUGCAAGCGGCCCACAAACAAGGAUUGCACAACCCUACUCAAUAUCCGGUCUUCGACCUUCCGUCAUGGCGCUGUCACCAGAGGACGAGAGCGUGUACAACAUGCAGGCAAUAAAAAUGCAGCGCGAUGUUAAUUGUUUGACCGACCCAGACCGCAGCGUACGCCGCCGCGCAGCGUAUAGAAUCAAUUGCAUGUUACAAAGUGAAUUGUCGCACGUAUCCAACUCUGUGGUUCGCGCACUGAGCGAUUUGAAUCUAAAACGCGUGCUACUACAAUGUGCCGAAAGUGACGCUGUUGAAAAAUGCAGAGAGCUUGCGCUCACGUCACUUCGAAUUUUGUGUGAACGCGGGGCGUUGGAGCCGUCAGUCGCAACAUUAAAAGAAGUAGUGACAUUGGCCAACGCUCGACUAGGCCAAUUGCCGUACCCAGAGCCUACGGAGGAGAUCCGUCUGCUAAUACUGCAAUUGUUGCACAUUUUCUUGACGCAAUUAGCUGCAGUAAAAACUACGUUGACGUCAUUGCGUGAUGUGAUCACAGAGCUGGCCAACGUUCUGGGUAAGUCGGCAGCAGACCUAUUUCCAGAUGCCAAGAAGGUUUCGGCAGAUUGCGUCAUUUUGAUUUCGAAGACUUGGAAAUGUGAUAUUGGUAUGCAGAUUGGCACUAUCGUGAAACCUUUAGUGAUAAAUGUGGGCCACCAACAUAGUCGUGUGCGCGUUUGCGCAUUACAGGCACUGGAAGCUGCAGUCCCAUGUGGCUCAGAAGCUUUGCCCGAGCUUAUGAACGAAGUGUUGAUGCCAGCAGUAAGUAAAGUAAUUUUUGACCACGCGCCAUCCGUCAGAAUGCAGCUGGUUCGUACAUUGGCCGCGUGGCUGAGUCAAAAUGAACACAUACAGCAGUUUGAGGCCUCAGUCUUCUCCGUUUUUCUAGCUGGAAUUGUUGAUGAUUCUCCGAAAAUACGAGCGCUUUCAAUUGCUGAAUUAGGGCUGAUCUCGACAAACUGGGAGACAAGAUGUGAAGAUAUUGGCAUCAAAUUUGAUGACGUCGAGCCCAUGAGUUUAUCUUUGGACACUGAAAACUGCAUACCACCUCUAUAUUUUGAGUCUCGCCCACCGCUGGGUGCUCGCAAAUUUGCAGCUAGUCUUCACGCGCAAGUGCUGCCUUCGCUUCUUGAAAAAACUGGAGACUGGACCGUGCAGGUGCGCGAACGCUACACCCAAAUUUUAAGUGCAUAUAUUAUUCUAUUGGAGCAAAAUAUAAACCCAUAUAUCGACAAGGUAUUUGCAGCACUUGUAAAAAUCUGUCGUGAUGACGAAGACGUGGUUCAAAUCAGUGUGAAGGCAUGCUUGGGGGUUAUUGGCUAUUACGCAGAUCCCCACAUAGUUUUGGCUUCAUUGGUGCCGAUAGUGACAGGAAGAUCGGCAGGACAAGACACUGCCCAACAUCGCAUAAAUGGACUAACUUUACUGGGGUUUAGUUUAGAAGGUAUGACUAUGAAGACAAUCGACACUCACUUGGAGUUUAUCACAGAGGCACUUUGCGAUGCUAGUCUCCGCGAAUCUGAAUUAGCUGACCUUCACGACGUGUUGGCUGGUGUUAUCUCAAGUAUUGUCAAGACUGCUGGGCCACUACUUGCGCAGAACGACGAGGUCUGCUUCCGACUGUUUUGGGUGCUGAGUCAUCUUUUUGCUUCAUCUUCAGAAUCGUCAGCUUCAUAUGAAUUGGCAAAUGAAUCCGUACAGAAUCUUGCUGCAAUAAUGGAGCAAUCUGUUGAGGGGUUAUAUUUACGAUACAUGGGCAAGAUCCUUGACACGAUGACGCUUCCUAUCGAUGUGAGUGAGGCAUGGCAGAAAAAUAACCCCUAUCGCGUACUUUUUGACUCACUUUGCAGACGUGGAGGAGCGGCUUGUAGAGAAUAUAUGGCUCGAAUUGUUCCCGUAUUCCUAGCCCAUCUAGAACCAGACCAGGACGCGGAUGUUCGACUUGCCUUUCUCGCUUUGUUAGAGACGAUGCUAGGAACAGAUUCCAUCAUUCAGGCCUUUAAGCCAUACAGUGUGCCAUUGCUAAAACAAGCUAUAAUAUCAAAUAUUGUUUGGCGUGGUGGGCGCGUCUCUGCAACUAUUAGAAAAGUAGCUGUUGCAAGCGCGUAUACCCUUCUGCGUCAGGGCAUCGCUGACCAAUCGUGCUUGUUCGAAACUGCUCCUGAGAUGCUACCCGUAUUAAAGUCUUCAUUGGACGAUGGCGACGCUAAGACUCGCCAACUAGUCUGUCUGGCGCUGCAGUAUUUGUUCGUAGCAUUGCCGGGAUGUUUAGGAGAGGAGCCAGUGCACCAGCUUUAUGCUGACAUUUUAAAGCGCCUGGAUGACAGCAGCGACACUGUGCGCAAAGCUGCCUGCCAGACUUUUACUACCUUUUUAAAAGCUGCCCCAAAAGAGCAUUUUGAAGGAACGAUUAUUGACUAUACGUUGGAUUGCCUUUUUGUCCACCUUGAUGAUACAGAACUUGACAUUCAGGAAGCUGUUUUUGCCGUUUUGAAGGAAACUGCGAAUAUCGAUGCACCCCGACUGGCGAAAAAGGCAGAGGAAAACCGGACUCGACACCGAAAACCUCACUAUUGCGACCAACUUUUGGCGUUGGCGACUGUGCGGUCAAUAUAA